GCAUCUCACGCCACUUGGUUCAUGCUAUAAAAAAGAUGCAGGAUCAGACUUUUGGUCACCUGAAGUGAUCCACAUCCAGAGAGACCAUGAUGAUGCUUUCCCUUGUCUUUGUUUUUGUGCUCGCUGGUUGUGCAUCAGGAGACAUUGAGAAGAGGAUUGUUGGGGGAGUAUCCUGUAAGGAGGACAGGCAGUAUCAUGUCCAGAUAGACUCUGUUCAGGGGAGCAAGACCUGCGGAGGCGCUCUGAUUAACACCCGCUGGGUCAUCACGGCUUCUCAUUGUGCCGAGCAGAUGGUCAAAGUGAAGAUUGGCUUAAACAACAAAGCACCAUUAUUGAAACAAAUUAAAGGUUUUUUUAAGAAUCUUUUCUCAGGAUCCCCCAAAAAUCUUGAGCAGGACAUUGAUCCUAAACAACAGUUUACCUUCAAAGAUGGUGAACAAUCCCAUGAUAUUAUGCUGAUAAAACUGAAUGAGGAUGUGAAUCCUAAACUUCCCACCAUCAGGCUUCCUCCUGUUGAUGGGUGUCAAAAACCAAAUAUGAACGAUCCUGUUCAGAUUGGAGGAUGGGGUUCCAAGACAGCUGAUGUGAAAAAGGCCAGCAACCCCAAGAAUUUAAAGUGCGCUAUGACUGAGAUAGCUGCGUGUGAAGAGAACGAUAAACCUGAUAGUAAAUACUUUAGUGAUGAGACUACCACCAUGUGUGCCCAUAAACCUGGCGUGGAGUCCUGUUUUGGUGAUGCUGGUACAGCUGUGGAGUACAACGGCAUUUUACAUGGAAUAAUUGUCAGUAACCCUGUUGAUAAGUGUGCAAAUCCUAUUGUAAUGCUGAAUAUUUGUCACUACAGAAAGUGGAUUGCUGACACCAUGCGGAACAAUCCAUGAGUAAACCACAGAGGAAAUAUGUUUCCCUUAAAAAUGUCAUAUCUUAUUUUUCCUAAUUUAUUCUGAGAGUUUAAAAUAAACUGGAAAAGAGACCAGAGACCGGAGAAACUGAAGUCAAGUACAGUUACAAUGCAAACAGCUUGGUUCUGUACACUGAAUGAGUUAAACCAUUUGUCUCUGAAACCACUGUUUUCAUCUAUGAAUAAAAAUGAUAUGGUUACCUGAA